CGUUUUCUUACUUUUCUCGAAGCUAACUGUAACCGAAAAAUGGAGCCGGCUCUGUGCCACAACUUGAAUCUCAAACCAACCCAUUGCUCACCAAUCUCAACCGAACUGCCGAAACCCAUUUCACGAUCAUCCCAUUCUCAUAGGCUUUCAUGCUUAAACCGCCAAAGAAGCGAGAACUGGAGCGCGUUGAUAAUGCCCUGUGCUUCGUACAAACCAAAGUCUGAGGCACUUGGUACCCAACUCAUCGGACCGCUCGUAAAAGGGCUUUUCGGGUUUGCCGCCGCAGCCACUACUUUAGUCUCGGUCUGCUGCGACUCCCCGGCUCUCGCCCAGCCACUUACCGUUGCUUUUCCGGUCUCACGAGCUCGAGAGGUGAAUACAGUUCAAAGAACACUUGUGGAGGCUUGGGGUUUGAUUCGAGAAACAUUUAUAGACCCAUCAUUUAAUCAUCAAGAUUGGUUACAUGAAACAAUGGUGGAACUGUUUCCCCUGAGAUCAGCCGAUGCGGCGUAUACGAAAAUAAGUGGAAUGCUUUCUACUCUUGGAGAUCCAUUUACUCGGAUUAUCAGUCCAGAGGAAUAUCAAAGUUUCAGAAUUGGUAGUGAUGGGAAUUUGCAGGGAGUCGGCCUUCUCAUAAAUGCUGAGCCAAGGACGGGACACCUGGUUGUUUUGGCUACAGUAGAUGGUAGCCCAGCUGCUCGUGCUGGCAUUCAUGAAGGAGAUGAGUUGAUUGAGAUUAAUGGAGAGAGGCUUGAUGGCCUUGAUAGUGAAGCAGCAGCACAGAAGCUUAGAGGGCAUGUUGGAACAGCUGUUGCAGUUAAAGUCCGCAGUAGAAAAGAUUUGGCUAGUGAUUCUGGUGUCAGAGAGGUCAAACUACCUAGGGAGUAUAUUAAGCUCUCUCCCAUAUCAAGCACCAUCAUCCCUCAUAGAACUGGAGAUGGCCGUCUGACAAAAAUUGGUUAUGUGAAGCUCUCAGCUUUCUCUCAGACUGCUGCUGCUGAUAUGAAAAAUGCACUUCAUGAAAUGGAAAGUCAGAAUGUACAGGCAUAUAUACUUGAUCUGCGGAACAAUCCGGGGGGCCUGUUAAAAGCAGGACUUGAUAUUGCCCAAAUAUGGCUUGAUGGGGAUGAGACUCUUGUGAACACAAUUGAUCGGGAUGGAAACAUGUCGCCCAUCAACAUGGUCAAUGGGCAUGCUAUAACUCACGAUCCACUUGUUGUGCUUGUCAAUGAGGGGAGUGCAAGCGCAAGUGAGAUUUUGGCAGGAGCGCUACACGACAAUGGCAGGGCUAUGCUUGUUGGGCACAAAACCUUUGGGAAAGGUAAAAUUCAGAGUGUCACAGAGCUCCAUGACGGUUCAGCCCUCUUUGUAACAGUCGCGAAGUACCUAUCCCCCGCACUUCAUGACAUAGAUCAGGUUGGCAUAACACCCGAUGUGCAGUGCACGACAGAGAUGCUAAAUUCUCCCAAGGAUUCGUUUUUAAGGGAUAAGAGCUCCGUUGUGAACCUGGAAGCGGAUUCCUGUAUCAUGGUGGCAGAGCACGAACUGGACAUUCAACAGUCCAAAGGGACUGCGUCUUGAAAGAUGGCAUGCGCUGUCAUAUUGCUUUGAGGCUUAGAAAUUUUCUGUACAGAUGCUAUGGAAGAAUACACACGGCAUAAUGUAUGUUGUGCAUGUGCUUGUAUGUUGUAAUUUUGCAAGUUACAACUCGGUGGAUACGUACAGGUAUAUCAAAAUAAACAAAAAAAAUUAUUCUGCUGCUCGAUGUUCAGUUUUUU